AUGAGCUCCCGCAUCCACGUGCUGCGCCUCUACCGGCGGUCCCUCAAGCUCGCCCUCGACUGGAGCGUGCAUCGCUACCUCUGGCGCGGCCAGGCCAUGUAUAUUCGCGAGUUGUUUGAGAAGCAGAAGAACGUCACAGAGCCGCGACUGCGCAGGGAACUCAUCAAGGAGGCUGAGCACUUGCUUGAGAAGUGGAAGCACCCGGAUCCAUACCGCCCACCGACCGCGCCCGGAGGUUCAAAGUACGAGCGCAAUCUUCCUUGCCCGAUUUUGGAUCCUCCCCCCAAAAUGAUCUUGUAA